AUGGCUUCACCAGGUCAAUCUCGCCACUCUGUGACGACUUAUCAGCUCUCGAUCAAAGACGUAUUUAACAGUCUUUCCCAGAAUGAGCAGCUGUAUGCUCAUCACCUCUCACAAGCUGCCUGGCAGGGCAGCAGAAUCAUCCUUGGUCAAACUUCUUCUGAAGGUGUCGGCAUCUUUGACUUCAUCCUCGAGCUGCACAAGGCCUGUGGAGGAGAAUGGACCCAGUUUGUGCAGCGGUUCGGGAUCUCAGAGGAAGAAAUGGAUAAUUUCUUGGACUACAGUGGCAUGUUCAUGUCCAAAUUAAACAACUUUUGCGGUGAGGGCGACCGCAAGAUUGUGCCCCAACUUUCGGCAGACUCUCUGCGCAAAAUGGCAAGUAUCUCACCGGCUGCCACAGCUGCGCUGGAAAAGGUUAUUGAGCGCAUGUUAUCCUCUACGCCCAGUACACUAGGCUUGUCGGACUCGACGUACUACCCCGGUGACGCUAGGAUCACGAAAGAUGAAAUAGCUGCUAUUGCUCGCGUGAUGCAGAAACAUUCUAUCGAGCCGGAGAACACCCGAGUCUGUAAGAGUGUUUACGGGAAUAGCGCUAUCUACAACAUCCUCCAGGCGUCUGUGCAGACAAAUGCUACACUCGAGAGUCACUUGAAGGGAUCGGCGAUUCCCAUCAACGCCCUCGAGCCAGAAGUUGGAGAUUUGCAACUGGAGAACGCAAGUAUCCGACUUGAGCGGGGUGACUACUCGGAAGAAAUGUCCAAAAUUUGUGAACAUCUCUUGAAAGCCGUCCGCUUUUCAGCCAAUGAUGGCCAAGCUCGCGUUCUCAUGAAUUAUGUUGAAAGCUUCACUACGGGAAGUUUGGAGGCGUACCGAAGGGCUAUGAAAUGGUGGGUAGCGGAUUACAACCCCAGAGUGGAGAGCAACUUUGGCUUUGUCGAGCCCUACAGAGACCCAUACGGGGUAAGAUGCGAGUGGAGAGGCGUGGUCAGCAUUGCCGACGUACAGCAAACAGCCAAGUUGGCGGCUCUUGUGGACAAUUCAACAAAAUUUAUUCGAAUGCUUCCCCGGGCAGUCCUUGACGUCAAUGAUGGAAAAGGGCCGUUUGAAAAGACCGAAUUUCAGGCACCCUCGUUCUCAAUUGUGCACGCACUUGCCUUUGUCUGCAGCAAUGUCUGGGAGGCUUCCAAUGUGCCUAAUGUAAGUACCAGACACUCAAACGCUGGCCAACUGGCUAAUUCGUCGGGGACCUGCAUGCAGUACAACGAUAUCCGUGAGACAUGCGGUUUCAAGAAUAUUGUCUACGCAAAUCGAAUGAAUGCCAACGCGGACCCACAGCGUCCAUUCCACUGGGUUCAUCCAUCCGAAGCGCACGAGUUCAAAAAGGUCAACCACAUUAUUCGCUUCGUUACAACCUCGAUCCACGAGCUUCUUGGCCACGGUACUGGCAAGCUACUCUCUGAGACGUCAGCUGGUGUUUACAAUUUCGAUCCGGAACGCGCGCCCAUCAACUCGCUCACGGGCAAGCCUGUUCACUCGUGGUAUCGACCCGGCCAAACAUGGACGAGCGUGUUUGAGAAGUUGGCGGGAACGGUAGAAGAGUGCAGAGCAAUGCUCAUUUCAUAUUAUCUCGGAGACGGUAAAGACAUGCUCUCCUUGUUCGGUUAUGAUGACGACAGCGAUAUCAAGGCCGAUGACCGUGAGCACUAUUCCUUUGUAUGUGUUGCGUUUUAUUCGCCUGCUAACAUCCUAGUAGUGAUAUACAACAUGUACCUUCAUAUUGGGGUUGAAGGUCUCCGAGCCCUUCAGGCAUUCAAUGUGGAAGAGCAGUUGUGGGGUAGCCCGCACGCCAACGCAAACUACGCUAUUUUCAAGCAUUUAAUGGCUGAUGCCGAUGGACUGUUCACGGUGCAUUGCGACCGGACUGCAGGCGUACUUUAUGUUCGGGUUGACCGUUCCAAAAUACGCUCUAAUGGGAAACCCUCCAUCGGUCGCAUGCUUCAUCGCAUCCACGUAUGGCGUUGCACUGCGGACAUUGGCCCCUGCAGGCCCUUUUAUGAAGCUCUCAGUGCAGUUGAUGGUCAGUACGGAGUUUGGCGAAAGAUUGUAGCAUCAAAGCCUGAGCCGCCUUGGAAAUUCGUUCAGGCAAAUACCAUCCUGAGGGAUGAUGGGCACGUAGAGCUCAAGGUAUACGAGGAGAGCAAUGAGGGUAUCAUCCAGUCGUUUGCAGAUAGAUGCGUCUGA